CUCCGCCUCCACCUCCUCCUACCAUUCUCCGCCGUCGCAUCCGACUCCUCUGCCCGCUCCUACUCCUUCCCCGACGCGUUUUGGCCGUCCCGUUCGGUCCGCUCUACUACUGCGUUCGUUCGUUCGUUCGUACGUACGUUCGUGUAUCCCCGGCCGAGAGAGCUCGUGCAGAGUGCUCGCUACUAUCCGCGAGGUACCCGUGUCGCAGGUCGCGCACCAUCCCACACGACGAAAUACACGAGCGGCUCAUUGCCGUGAGCGCAGCCCUCACCCUCGAAAAUCGCACCCUGAGGGCUCUCGCAAAACAGGCCUCCCUGAGGCCUCCAACCUGCCCUCGCCCUUCCUCACCCUUCAGCCCUUUUCCGGCUCAGUAACCAGUCGGCCGGCCGAGGGAAAAAAAAAGGGGAUACCCGGUUGUCCGGGUGACAGCGGCGAGCAGGAAGGGCUCGUUCACACCGCGACACCCCGGACGCAUUACGCUCGCUCGCACGCUCGCGUCGUGCCGUGUCCAGUCGCGCGCGGCGUGCACAACCCUCGGCGCGAGGGGCACGUUUCGCGUGGUCGCUCAGCGCGUUUCAUCCGGCGAGAGGACAUCGUGUUGUGACAAUCGUGUCGCUGGACCAGUGCCUCAGCGACGACAGGACGAUAACAACCAUGUCCACGCAGUCGACAACGAUCAGGACGACGGUGUCCGAGCAGUGCGGAGCGAGGAGCAACAACGGUGACGAGGAAUUGUGUGCGCAGUGACUCGCGAGCGAACGACUAAACGAAACGCCGACGACGAGACCGCGUCGUGCGUGUGGAUGCGCGCGUACGUGCAUGCGUGCGUGCAUGCGUGCGUGCGUGCGUGCAUGCGUGCGUUCGUUCGUUCGUCCGUCGUCCGUCCGUUCGUUCCUUCACCGCAAUCUGGACGUCGUCUCGUCACACGCGUAUUCGACGACCGACCCGUCGAUUCCUCGCGAAGCGACCACCACCCCUCCCUCUUGGUACACCUAAGUGAGGCGUUCAACGUGGCCGAUCCUUGGACAUGGUGAGGGGGCAUGUUGGUGUGUCGGCGGUUGCUGCUGAUCGCAGCCGCGAUCGCGGCCUCGAUCGAGGCUGGCUCGGCUAGUUACCACUCCGGCAUCCCGUCGUCGGAUUACUCCGGACACCCGGGUGGAUACGCGGUUUACUCCGGCGCGACGUCACCCGAGUCCUCGCCGUCGUCGAGCCCGUCGACGACUGGUCCAAUACCGGUGCUCGUCGCCAGGAAUACCGAGCCGCUCUGCCGACCGUCCGAGUUCCAAUGCGGUGCCACCGGACAUUGCGUCGCGCAGGACAAAUAUUGCGACGGCGAGAAUGACUGCGACGACAAGUCCGACGAGCCGAGAUAUUGCACCCCUUGCAACCGGACGUUGUACGGUGACGUCGGUCGGACCUACAGAGUGGAGAUCCGCCGGCCAAGGGAGGAUCGACUGCCAUUCUUGUGUCACCUCAACUUCACUGCCGCCGGGGCCGAUCUCGGGGAUCUAGUUCAGCUAACUUUUGAUACCUUCACGGUCGGCCGCUUUCUAUCCUUUACGUCGGAAGGAUGUCCAGAUGGUUUCAUGACUAUUCGCGAGGAAGGUCGCCCUGCGACGGGAGGACAAUGGUGUGGCAGCGCGUGGGGCUACACCGUUUAUUACAGCGAAACUCCUUCCAUCAAUCUGACUUUAUAUUUACUACGUUUAUCAGAGCAGGGUAUCGGCUACAACUUCGACUUCAAACUGUCGUACAAGUUCCUGAGGCGGAGCGAGGCGCAUCUCAGAUACGGCAACAGCAGCAUGUCCACCUGGCGCGGCGAGCUGGUGAACGGCACGUAUUGCGAUCGCGUCCUCACCAAAUGCGAUACUAGAGCUUGCCGGCUGCAGUCGCCGAAUUAUCCCGGAGUUUACCCCAGGAAUGUCACUUGCUACUAUCGGGUGGAGCAAAACCGCGCGCCAGUGGGUCAUCGGGCUCUACUUGCCGUUAGUCAACGGAACAGUCACAAGAUACACAUUAAGGACCAGGUCGUGAAGUACGACAGAAGCCAGCGUGUGCUCAGGGUGUGGGAUCAGUGCAACGUCGUACAAGAUUAUUUGACGGUAUACGACGGAGGUUCAACCUCAGACCGAGUGCUCGUAAGGCUGUGCGGUGGAGAUGCGGUGCCAGACAUCGUCAGUAGUCACAAUACGAUGUUGUUGGAGUUUCAUACAUCCCCGUAUGACAAUCCAUUUCAUCCAGUCCCGCUGUCUUUCUUACCAGGAUUUGAACUUGAAGUUCAGGUGAUUUUUGUCGAUGAGAAGUCACGGAGUUUUGUAAAGGAAAAUGACAACUGCGAUUUUUAUAUAUCCGGUGACGAGAAUUCAUCGGGCAUACUGGAAAACCCGAAGCACUCGUUACCGCCAAACACCACCUGCCGUUAUCACUUCCAAGGAAAGCUCAAUGAAAUCGUUUGGUUAUCGUUUAUUAAAUAUUACGCCGCCAGCGUGGAAGCUGCUGCGAAUAUUGACACUGCCGCUGACUGCAACGCGAAACUUCUGAUAUGGGACGGCGACAUCACGGUGGAUAAACUCACCGCUAGCCGAAAAAAUGUUACGCUGAUGGGACAGUUCUGCAAGGACGAUAUACCGCGACUCUGCGACCACAGUCUGCUGCGCAACAGCAGCCGUCACACGCGGCCGUGCAGCCUCGCAGAGAGCUACGUGUCGACCGGUCGCGAUCUCACCCUGGAGCACAUACUACGUCAGGGUAGCGCGCUCUACCCCAUAAGCUUCGUGUUGCGUUACGAGUUCGUGCACGAGGCGAUUUCGUGUAACCACGUGUUCGCGUCAUCAUCGUCGGUCUCAUCCACGUCUUCCACGUCGUCCCUGUCGUCGUCCUCUUCCUCCAACGCCGGCCGAUUUGCCUCACCAAAGAGCGUGUUCCUCUACGGGCGCGGCGGGGCGCAGAAUCUCAGCUGCGUGUACAGAUUCGAGGCUGAGCCCGAGCAUAGGAUAGAACUGUCCUUCAUCCGGGCCUCCUUCGGUCGCAAGAUCUGCACGUCUUACGUUGACCCAUUGGUGAAUCGAUGGACGUGCGAUCGGCGUAUGGCGGAUGUGAAAAAGUUCGGCAUGGCAGACCUGAUUGUCGCUGAAUAUCCUUGGCAAGGGGUCGAACUUACUCGCGACUGCCUGUGCUCAAACGUGAGCGAGAGAAUCGUCGUGCGGACUCUGACGUCGAACGUAGUGGAGGUCCGGUUCAAUGUCGUGCUCAUGAACGUCACUCAGGAUUACCGGGAUUUCUUCUUCGAGGGCGAAUACCGUUUCGUGCCGGUGAGCGCGGAGUCGAACGAGCACGGAUGCUCGACGAGGCUGGAGGAGCGUCGGCUGCGUGGUACCAGCGGCGAGAUCUCCCUCAGAAGUCCUCAGUUGCCACAAGUGAUACCCGGCGUGGCCGCAGUGGAGGAGAUCCUGACGAACAUGGAAGACAUGACGGCUACGCAGUGCGUGAACGAGCCGUGGCUGAUCGAGCCCGAGGACGCUCGCAUCAACUUCCUGUACUUGAGAACCGCCGGCUACAGCAUCACCCUGGACAACGUUGAGGAAUGCACGACUCGGAACCGAAUCGUCGUCUACUCGGCCGCGAACACGAAGGAACGCAGCGUCAUCUGUCCGGAGGGUGGCGUCGACACGGCCAGAACUGUCGACUUCUUCUCCGGUGGCUGGAACUAUAGCGCCGUGAACGCGAGCGUGGCGAUGGCGCAACACUCCCGCAGCUUCGUCGUGGAGUUCCUGCAGAGAGAACCCGGCUUCUACGCCGUCACGUGGAUCGCGAUCUCCAAGCGCUCGCCAACCCCGACGAACGUGGGCACCAAUGCGUUCGCCAUAUUGCCCACGGAGGAUUGCCCCUACAGAUGCCCAGAGAUCCAGGCGUGCAUCAGUUCAGUUCUGUGGUGCGACGGGGUGCGCCACUGUCCCUCGGGCUUCGACGAGGAGGAGGCCAAUUGCUCGUACCGCUUCGGCGUGACAUUGCUCUACGUUGCUGUGGGCGCCGGUGCUCUGGGUAUAUUCCUGAUUCUCCUGCUGGCUACCGGCUGCCUCAAGUACUGCCUGUACCGGCACAAGGCGCGCAAGAAGAAAAAGAACGUCGCCCUGAACGUAAAUCAUCUCCACGUGAAUCACACCCAUCACAACAACGGCUUGACCGGUAGCCGACUGAGCGGCCGCUACAACCUAGCCACUCCGCAGGAGAUGUACCUGGAGAAUUACGGGAAGGACAGUAUUUGUUGACAAUACGCCAUUGCCAAUAUCGAGACCACCGUGUGAAUAGUCAUUUUUAAAUGCCUACCUCGCUCUGGCCAUCCCCUCACUGUUCCCACUCUCAACCCUUCUCAAGUAAUGGACCGGAGUGUACGGCAGCCCAGACGCUCCCAUACCGGGACAUACACGCACUAACAUCGACACGCGCACUUCACACACACCCACAUACCACAUACCACGUACACAUAUACUCUCGCAAUAAUCGUACGAAAUCCCGUAGAAUGUACCCAAGACACAUAGAGGCGAGCGCACGAGGGAGACGUGUCGCAGGUGAUGCGCUUACACGCGUCAUCCUAUAAUCGAGUUCCGUUCCUUUAAUUGGGUCGUGACGAUCGGCUUGCUAUGAAUAACCGAAUCACGCUUCAGCCCAUCAGACAUACCAAGAUGGACGGUAAGCCGACCAGACUGAUCGCGCAAGGGCGGGAUUGCAGGACGCCUGUGUGUACCCCCUGGCAAGCCGAUAAGAGGGAGAUGCGGAAGCAUCUCGUGCGCUCGUGCAUAUGGCAUUUACGAUAACGCCGCAGUAUCAUGGUAGGUUUAGGUACACACGAUUUAGGAGUAAAGAGAUACGCGCGAGUGGACGAAGAGCGGCGAAAUUGGUGUUUCACGCGUAUGUGAUGCUUCUAAAGAGACGUAGGAUACGCUGUUUCCGUUGAGUGCACCUUCUGCCAACCAUCGAACGAACGUCGUAAACGAUGCGAGCACGACGAUAAACGUAACGAGAUCAAGGGAAUAAAGGAACGAAGCUGAAGCAGGAGAAGCGUUUCGAAUCGGUUUACGCGUGAACGAGAGCGCGGUCGAUGAGGGAGGGUACGCGAGGGUGCGAAGAGUUAUGAAUGCGCGAUGCUGCGCUGGAGGAAAAGCUUGCCGCUCGCUCUUCCGAUCGUUCGCACUCUACCGAUCCUCCGAUCUGGACUGCGCGCGAUCAGGUGAUUCGUGUGAUUCGCUUGUCGGUAACAGUAUUAUCGUUCUGGCGAACAAAAUCGGUAGAUAAUUGAACGCGACUAAAGUGCGUCAUUGGCGUUCGCAAAUGAUGACGUAUCUUGACAGCUGUCACCAGAUUCUGCGCUUCAUAUCUGUGCGUCUUGAUCCUGCCUUUCCAUCAGUUCAUUGGCCUGCGAUCAUGAGCUUCUUGGACUGUGUGGCGAUGUUGCGCGUUGUUUUCAGUUUGGGCGCUACUCUUUAUGAUUAAACCAAUACUGAUUGUUGAGACUGUCGUAGAAUCAAUUGCGCUUAAUUAUUACAAUUCAGAUGAUUGAAUCGAGGAUCAAGAUCGUGUAUUUACAACCCGCCCACGCGGUGAUCAACAAGUUUAUUACUUUUUGAUUACUUUUUGUGAUUUAAUCGUUACUAUCUAAUGCGACGACCUAAUUUAGCCACUUUGUUGUAUCAUAUUGUUAUAUUGCUGCACAUUAGUGCUCAUUCAGCUAUUUGCGUGUUAUAACACGACUGUCCGAUCUCGCCGGUCUCACCGCAAUUGUAUUCCAUCGUCGAUCCUACAAUCAUUUUUUUACAUUAUUGAUACAGCGCGGAUUUCGGAAACUACAUAAACCUUAUAGCUGAUUUACGGCAUGAUACGUAGAUGAUUCACUCGCAUUAUCUAGGUUUUGGUAUCGAUACGUGUGUGAGCUUGAAUGAGACGUAGGUAGCCAUGUGUUUAACUAAUUGGAUGCCGGAAGUGGGUGUGCAUCGUAAUCCUGUUGCGAGUAUGUUAAGCAAACGCCACGGACGCGAUCUCCACGCGUUAGCCUAUUAUAGACACUGUAUGGUAAAGCGCGUCUAACGUACGUCUGUAUGCUGUGAUAGAAGUAAGCGUAUCAACAAUCGGAAAUAAAUCUCUCGCGUGAACGAA